UAUGCGUAUCGGCAUUUCUAGUUUCUCUGAACCGGAUAAUGAUUUUAUCAGUGGUUUCAUUCCACUAGUCACGGCCGAAAACUUAUAAAAUUCCUGACGGCUUUCCAUAAUAAUAUGCAAUGGCCGUGAAUUUGUUGUAUUCCAACACCUUUCGCUAAUCCCUGUGAGAACCGCAUACCCGUUUUGCACCUUACAGCCCGGAGGAGGUAUUAUGAGCUUUUGACUACGUAUAUCAUUUAUUCACCAUGGAACAACCAGAUUUAAAUUAUUUAAAGACAAUUAUACGGAGUCUUUUAACUAGUUCUCCAGGUAAAAUGACAAUUUCACAAAUAUUAAAUGAAUACUAUGAUUAUGAAGGUUGUAAUUUACCAUAUAAGCACUUGGGGUUCAAGAAUGUUUUUGAGUUGCUGGAAAAUAUGAAAGAUGUUUUAAAAAUACCGUCAAACCCAAGUAUGAGUUCUUUCAUUACACUUAUUGUUGAUGAAAAAACUACACACCUCAGAGAACUUGUUGUAAAUCAAAAAUCUAAAAGAACACGUCCUAGAAGAAAUAAUUCCGUUGGAAGAAGUGGUAAUCAUCACUUGUUGAAAUCUGCCAACUUUAAAUCUCGUGAUUACAAUCAUAAUAAUUAUAAGACUGAAUAUGGCAGAUCUAGGUAUACAACUCCUAGAUAUGAAUAUACAACUCCUAGAUAUGAAUAUACAACUCCUAGGUAUGACAACAGUGCUCGUGGAUAUGAACGCUCUUCUAAGUAUGAUCACAAUGCUCGUGGAUAUGAUCAUAUUAAAAUCAAACCUUUAAGCUCAAAACCUAUUGGUACUGUAACAUCCGAUCUCAAGAGUUUCAUAGAAAAUCUGUGUAAUACUUCCGGUCCAGAAAUAAUAACUAUUAAUAAAUUGAAGAUUUGUCUAAUAAAUCAUCCAGAUUAUAAGAAAUUGGGUACAACUAAUAUCGAAGAAUCUAUAAAUAUGUUAAAAUUUUUUAUCUACAUUGAUAAAGGAGGUGUACACCUUAAAAAUUCUCCAUAUGAAAUAUUUCCAUCUAAGACAUCUGAUAAAAGACAGUACACAAUACCAACAUCUGCAAAUUAUCUAGGUAGUAUUGUUAAUGAAAGUGAAGAAUUGUCAUAUAGUGAACUAAAUUAUGAUGACUUUGAUGAGAUGGAUGAUUUAGGUUCCGAAAACCUUAACAUAUUUGAAAAUGAACACAAAAUAAGCCAAAAAUCAACCAGCACUGCACAUAAUAAUAACACAAUCUCGCUGAGCAGUAAUUCUCAACAUGGAUCAAAUCAAUUAGCACAUCAGAACUUAGUCAAUAUGUGCAAAAUAGGUUUGAAUGAUUCAGAGUCAAAAAAUAAUGACACAGUUCCAGCUCAAAAUAAUGAUAAAAAUACAUUAAUAUCGUCUACUACUAAACCUUUUCAUAAUAAAAUUGUGUCCAAAAUUGAACAUAAACCAAAUGGUGAUGUACAAAAUUCGUCCAAAACUAAGGAUUAUUAUAAAAAAGCCAUUGUUGCUAUUAUUGCCAGAUCUGAUCAACCAAUUACCGUAAAUAAUGUAUUGGACAUAUUUAAAAAUGAACAUGGUUAUACCUUUCCAUUUCAAGAAUUUUCAUGUGGAUCAUACAUGGACUUUUUUCGCUUGUAUCCAGAUAUGUUCAAAUUGGAAGACCAAUGCUCUACAAACAGUUUUGUAAGUCUAGAAAAACAAAUAAUAUUCAAACGAAAAGAAACUAUUAGAAAAUUCUUUAAAAAUGCAUCCAUAUUUAACAAUGAUGCUGUUACCAAUUCAGAAAACAAUAUUUUGAAUCAAAGUAAGAUUAUAUCUGAAGUAUUAUCAAACAAAGACGAUGAUCAGAAAUAUAUAAAUGCUACUAUUGAUAAUUCAUGCCAACCACAUUGUGAAAAGUCAAUACAUUUGAAUGAAAUAUAUGAUGCUGAAACGGUAUUGGAUACAAUGAAAGUAAAAAUGCGCAAUAUUUUAAGUAAACACAAAGAUGGUAUAUUAUGUAACGAUUUUAUGAAUGUUUAUGGUAAUGAGUAUAACAGUCACUUUAAUUAUUCUGAGUAUGGAUUCAGCAGCAUGAGAGAUAUGGCAUACAAGUUACCAUCUGUAUUUUAUGUAAAAUUAACUGAAGAUAACCAGGAAUCUAUUCUAUUUGAAGCUUGUAGACGAAGUGAACUAGAAGAUAACAUGGACGAUCCAUCACUGUAUUAUAAGAAUAUCCCGAAGACUGUGUUGUACAAUCUUUCAAAGUUCUUUGAUAAGUAUCGAACUGGUGUUAAAUUCAAUGAACUGAUGACUUUAUACUGUACAGAAUAUGGCCGAGCUUAUGAACCAUUAAAGUAUGGAUAUUCUUCCGAAAAGCAUAUGUUUGAAUCUUUAGACAAAAUGGUUGAAAUAGAAAAUAAUGAGCUGUUUACAUUAGAUCCUUUUGCCUAUACAAAAUGUUUACAAAAUGUAGAUCAUAAUGACAACUAUGAUAACAAUUCUGUUGCGAUAUCGAAUCCUGAUUUUUUAUUGCAUUACUCUGGAAAUGAUAUCUGCAACGGAAAAUUUAAGUAUCCUACAAUUAAGUUGAACAAUCAAAAGUAUAUAAAUGUCAUUGUUGCUGAGAUUUAUAACCCAAGUUCAUUUUACGUUCAAUUAGCAGCAGAAUUUAAUAAUCUGAAUAGUUUAAUGGACUCAUUGCAAGUGUAUUACAACGCCAAUGAAAAAAAGUACAAAGUUUUACCAACACUAAUUCUUCCAGGAUUGGCAUGUACCUCAAUUUUUGAAGAUUCAAACAGUUGGCACAGGGCCAAAGUUUUAAAAAUAGUUGAUGAUAAUAAUGUGCAAUUAUUAUAUGUUGAUUAUGGAUCAAUAGAAAUAGUACCCAAAAAUAAUGUUCGACUUUUGGCAUCACAAUUUGGGGUAUAUCCUGCUCAGGGAGUGCAUUGCGGUUUGUACGAGUGCAAUGAAUUAAAUUAUCCACGAGAAAUAAGUGAAUCUUUUGCUGAAGUUGAGGACCAUCAGCUAGAAGCAGAGUUUCAUACACCAAUAUCUGAAGAUGGUUCUCAAAAAGUAACCGUGACAUUAUUUUUGAAUACUAAAAAUAAUAAAAUUAAUAUAAACAAAAAAUGUUCUAAGGAAAUUAUAAAUCAUUUAAACAAACAUCAAGAAUCUGUUAGAAGGAUGAUUUAUAAAGUAAUGGAGGAAGACAAAUAAAUUUGGAAUUUUUGAAAAAGAAAUGUAAAGCAACAAGAAAUCAAAGAAAAUUCAUUGUUUAGUAAAUAUUUUUUUUAAUAUGAUCAUGCAGUAUUAUUUUAUGUAUAUUUGUUACUUAAAGUAUGAUUAAGUACUAUAUGAGUAUAUUAAUGAAAAGUUUCCCUGCUAUUACAUAAAGCCAAUUUAUUUAAAAAAAUUUAAUUGUAUGUAAUUAUUUUUGUUUUAUUUCCUAAAAUGUUGAGUAUCUUAACAUAAUUGGUUGAUUACUAAAUGUUCUUACUUUGUUUGUAAUACAAUUUGUUUAUUAUUA